AUGUCGCCCACCAAAUCUGAGAUAAUAAGCAGCAACCCGAUCGGGGACCGGCUAGAAGCAUUUCGUGACUUGUACGGCAUCUGUCAACCACUAUUCGACUCCGGAACUUCUAUCUCAGCAGAGGGAGACGAGAAAAACAACGCUAAGAACAGAGUGCUUGAUUUUCUUAUUGCUUUACCAACUCUUCCUGCUUGCCGCAUAUUGCUUUCUGCAAGGGGGUCUGGUGCACUUUACACGGACAUUUUACGUAUUGCGGCCAACUUUGAAGUUGAGUCUCUCCUCCCUCUUUUACAAGCAGUCCGCGACAAGGAGCCCGAUGAAGCCAUCUGGAACAAGGUCUACGACGCCGUCACCGAGUCUACGCCUCCGCCUCGCCCGCUGCCCUCUUUCCAACAGACCCCGUGGCUUCGCAACACAAGCAGCUUCGCCAACUCGAGCGAACACCGAAAACAUGUGGACGGCAUUCUGAAGGAGGAGCUGGGCGAUAUGUACGUCGACAUACCGGGUUUUUAUGAUGCCUUCUUUGAGAUAUCCCAGAGCUGCAGACCAACGCGCGGGCGGUCUUUGGGAGAUGUAAGGAGGGAGAAGAUCCACUGUACCGCGAGGGGACCGGCUGGACUGGAUGGCCGGAUGGAACACGUGCCCGACGAGGCGGCUCGAAGAAGGCCCCUGGCGCAGCCAAAUAAACCGUUGCAGGGCUCUACGGCUGAGCGGAAGCUGGAUAUCGGUUUUAUGGACGGGACCGACCCCCUCGAGGACGGCAAGUACGCCUGGUCGCAGAUACUCGUUCCGGGGGAGCUAAAGAACGACCCGGGCUACGAAACCCAGUCAAGGCUCGACCUGGGGAGAUACGCGAGAGAGGUGCUGGCCGCGCAGGACUCCCGCCUCUUCGUGCCGAGCUUCACGCUCUGCGGGUCGCGCAUGAGGCUGUGGCAGUUCAACCGUCUGGGAGGGAUCGCGUCGGAACGGUUCGAUAUCCACGAGGAGGGCCUUCAAUUUGCUUCGGCCAUUCUCGGGUAUCUGCUGAUGAACGAGGAGCAGCUCGGAUUCGAUCCGACGAUUGUCACCAAUGCAGACGGCUCACGCUACAUCAAAAUAAAGCGGGACGGCAGAGAGGAGCGUCUGGUCAUCGACGAGGUGGUCCGGCGCGCGGCCUGCGUUUCCGGGCGAGCGACAACAUGCUGGAAGACGCAUCGCGACGGAGACGAAUCCCGAGCAACCCUCGUGGUUAAAGACUCGUGGCAGUAUCCGGAGCGCGAUGAGGAGGGGGAGUUGCUACGCGAAGCCACGGAGAAGGGGGUUGUCAAUGUUGCGCGCCACUACCAUCAUGAGACGGUCCAGGUAGGGGGUAGAGAUGACGACAUCCGCGACGGCGCGAGGAAGGGCUUCGACAUCACAACUGCAAAUAACUACAAACAAGCUGGCUCCAGGCCUCCGCUGAGCAGGAGCGGGUCUCGCAAGGGGAGCAGCCGGGCCGCCAGUCGGAAACGCUCUUCCACGUGUGUCGAGCCGUCGUUGCCUCCCAGCAAACGCACGCAGUCCCACCCCCCCUCCACUCCCAAUCGUGUCCAUCGUCGUGUCAUCGUUCGGGAUUACGGCAAGCCGAUCUACAGGGCGAGCUCGAGGGUUGCCUUGCUCGCCGCGCUGGAAGGAUGCAUCAAAGGAUACGAGUCUCUCCACCAGGCUGGCAUGCUCCAGAGCGACAUAUCUCCCAACAAUCUCAUGAUCAACGAGGACGCAGGAAACACGUCUUGGAAGGCGUUCAUCAUCGAUCUGGAUCUUGCCAUCAGAGAAGACCGGGAAGAUGCUUCGGGGGCGCGAGGCAAGACCGGCACGCGAGCGUUCAUGGCGAUUGGAGUUCUCUUGGACGAUGAACAACAUUCCUUCAUGCAUGAUCUUGAAUCAUUCUUCUGGGUCUUGUUCUGGAUAUGCAUCCACUACGAAGGCCCUGGGAAAGGCCGGGUUGUUGAACGCUUUGAGAAGUGGAACUUUAUGGAUACGGAGGAGCUCGCUGAGUUAAAGAAAGGUAGAGUAGGUGACGAAAGAGACUUUCUCAAGUCUACGGCUGAACACUUUACGGAAUACUACCGGCCGCUCGUUCCUUGUGUCAAUAAGCUACGGCGAGUCGUAUUUCCCAAUGGUGGAAGGUGGAAAUCGCCUGAUAAGAGCCUGUAUUCUAGCAUGAGGGAAGUUCUUCGAGAAGCCCAGAAGGAACCUGAUGUUAUUGGGUUAAACUGA